UAGUAAUCUGUGAUCGAUACUAGGUGUUUGAGCGUUUGCAUUUUGCUAAUUUCAGAUUUUUUUGUAUAUCAAGUUGAACAAAUAGUGCAGUUUCUAAUUAAUAAAAUAUUAUAUAAUGAGUCGAUGUGCAUUAAAUUAGUGGCAAAAUAAUUGUCCCUGAACUGGUAUUAACUUAUUAGAUCAUUAUUGUUUUUCCAACCCAACGAACAAUUAUUUUAAUUGUAAAAUUUAGGUAUCUACCUGCUUUUAUUUAAAUAAUGAUCUUUUAGAUCCUACCUUCAUUUGAACAUUCCGCCUAAAACCUUAUGCCAUGGAGCCUGGGCACCAGCCUAAUUUAAGACCCAUUCGAGCUUUUCAAGUUGCUCAUAGUGGUAUUAUGGACAGUGAGGAUGAUGACGCCAAUUUGAACUUGAGUCUCUCCGAUUACCAUGAUUAUGAACCUAAUUUAGAGUUUGAUGAUUCUGAGCUUAUUUGUACCACAAGUCUAGCUCCAUUGUCACCCGAAUUACUAGAUUUAUCGCAAGAAUUUCUUCUACCUUCAAGUAGUGAUGGAACCAUAGAAGAUAACUUCGAAAAAGAACUUGGAGAGGGUCCCCCAUCAUAUUCAGAGAUAGCUACCUGCUCGCUUGAUUAUGAUGUUUUUGGCGAUUUACAUAGAAGUGGAGUAGUCGAAGUUGUGGGAGACGAUGAACUUGGACGUCGAAUUAUCGUAAUAUCUGCGUGUCGCCUGCCGCUUUCUAAGGAUGUACAUCCUGAUCUCCUCUUGAGGUUCCUAAUGCAUACAUUGGACAAAUAUGUGGAACAAGAUUACAGUGUCAUAUACUUCCAUUAUGGGCUCUCCAGCAGAAACAAACCACCAUUCUCUUGGUUGUGGAAAGCAUAUAAGGCGUUUGAUAGAAAAUAUAAGAAAAAUCUUAAAACGCUGUAUCUAGUCCAUCCAACGAAUGUGAUAAGAAUAGUAUGGCAAAUGCUGAGGCCAGCAAUAAGUGUCAAGUUUGGCAGGAAAAUGAUGUACGUGAACUAUUUACAUGAAUUGCAACAAUAUUUAGAUUUGGACAAAGUUCACAUUCCACCACAAGUUAUUGAAUGUGACAAGAUUCUCUUAUCUAAAAAUCCACGUGCGGCGGAAAUAGCUAAAGAAAUGAAUAGUGCCAGUAAACCAUCUCUUGGAGAAGCUGAGGGUCCGUGCAGUGUAAAAUCUCCAACAAAACAGUUUGGUGUAUCAAUACAAUUCAUAAAGAAAAAUAAUACGGAAAUGAUCGAUUCAAUUCCUCCGAUAGUGCGACAGUGCGUUGAGUUUUUAUCACAACCCGACGCCUUAGAAACUGAAGGAUUAUUUCGGCGUUCGCCGAGCGCAGCCAUUGUGAAGGAAAUACAGCGGGACUGCAACAAUGGUGGCGUCAUAUCUUUCAGGAACGACCCACACAUUGCCGCCGUUUUACUAAAAACUUUUUUAAGGGACCUUGAAGAGCCAUUAUUGACAUUUGAUUUAUAUGACGAAAUUAGCAAAUUUCAAGCCUGGGAAAUACCUAAGAAGCCUAGAAAAGUAAAAAUUUUGGUGCUCGAAAAGCUACCCGUAGACAAUUACAAGAUUUUAAAGUAUAUUAUGCAGUUUUUGUGGAAGGUACAAGAUCGGAGCUGCCUAAAUAAGAUGACAAGCAGCAACUUAGCAGUGGUCUUCGGGCCCAAUUUAUUGUGGCCGCCGAACGGACAUGUUUCAUUACAAUCUAUUGCACCAAUAAACGCAUUUACUGAUUUCUUAAUCACACACCACGAGUCCAUAUUUAUUAUUUAAAAAGUAUAUGAAUUGUGAAUAACUUAUGAAUCUGGCAAAAAUAUCAAACAAUUUUUUUUUAUAUAUAAACGUUCCAGUCGUAUAUGUGUGCACCGUAUGUUUAUAUUUUUGUAAUUUAUUAAAUAAUAACUGUAUUUCCAUUCUCAUAUGUACCUUGUAGUUUGUGUAAGUUUUAAAUAGGUAGGUGGCAUUAAAACACUAUAAGAUGUAAUUAAGUGUAUAAAACUAUAUUAUUCCACUCUAAGGGGAACUCCAGAUUAUGUGAUUAUUUUUGUGUUUUUAGAAUUAACAAAUCCUCAACAUUUGCGUCUUAUUACAAGCAGACUGUUUAUGAACCUUUACCUAUUAAAAUAAAAAAUUGUACUGGUCUCAUGCACUUUAAAUUUAAUUUUUCUUUUAGUAUUCACAUAAAAGGUCAAAGAGGCAUAUUCUAAUUUAAAACAUAAUUUAAACGCCAAAUUUUGUAUUUUACAUUGCGCACAUUAGUUGUAUCUACACAUUUCGAAUUGUCUAUGUUUCUAUUACGUUUUAAUUACUUUUAGGAUUUUAAGAGAUCUAUACAAUACAGCAUUAAUAUAUUUAUGAUUAAUAAUUAAUUACAGAUUCCAAUAUAAGUAUUAUGGAUUAUAUAAGAUUUAUAUUUGUUUUUAAAAUGUAUCAUAAUAUAAUAAAUAGAUAAUUAUUGUAUCAAAGUUAUGGAAUAAGGGUAAUUAAGGAAUUCAAUGUCAUAUAUCAUAGAAAAUAUAACCUGACACUUAUAGUAAACUCAUACUAGCUUUAACUAGUAAAGAUCUGAAAAUGUUAUAUUUAGGAGAAAUAAUAAUCAAUGACAAAAAAUAAACCCCUUCGUUGGUUUCUUAGGAUUAGUAUUUUAUUGUUUUAUAGUGUUGCUUCUUAAAAUCAUAUAACAAUUUAUUGCUAAAGUGACAAUUAUUGAAUUAACUUUUUCAUUUUUAUUAUUCCUGUGAAACUUUUGACGGUCUUACUUAAAUUUAUAGUUUAUAUAAUUAUCUAAUCUACUUACUCAUUGAAGUAUGACUUCUCAGAUAAAAACCGACAUGAUACAAUUAUAAUUUAUAUUCCUUUCUUAUUUUUGUAUAAAAGAUACCAUACUUAGCUAUUUUUUGUCAGUAACUAAAGUUUAGAACAUUAUAUCUUGUAAGUUUUUAUUAUAAAUGACUGAUUCAUUAUCCCAAAAUUUAUGUUACAACUUCAGAAUCUCAUUUUUGUUGCAUUCCGUAACUUUAUAUUUUUCUACUUUUCUAUUUUAUAAAAACAAAAAAUAUUCUGUAUUUCUGUCUUAAUGCAAUCAUAAAAGAAUGUCUACUAAUUAUAAGCCAUGUAUUGAUAUAUAAACAAUUAACAUGAGUUCUACUGAAUACUAAAAUAAUUGUGUUAUUUCUAAUCAUAGUAUAUUGUAAUCAAAUUAUUAUUAUUUUCUUCAUUUAUACCAAAUUUGUUAAUAAAACAACAGUCAUAAUAACGUACAAAGGUCUAGAAUAAGUAGUUUAAGGAUUUUAUCCAUGUUUGUGUAAUUUUUUUUUAUAUUUUGAGUUUGUCAAACAAUUAAUAAAUAUUGAAUGUAA